AUGACUAGCACGUCCCCCCUGGAGCAGCUCCAACAAAAGCCUCUCGCUCCUGUCGACGAAUUGGUGCCACACCCGAACCAUGCGCAACUAAACCCGAAUACACCAGACACAUCGACAGCGGCCCAAUCCCUCACGGGCCGCUUUCUACACAUCACCGAUUUCCACCCAGACCGGUACUACAAAGCGGGUUCCUCACCCGACGACGGAUCAUGCCACCACGGUAAAGGCGAAGCAGGAUACUUUGGACAAGAGGGAUCAGACUGCGACUCGCCGCUCGUCCUGGUCGAUGAGACAUUCCGGUGGAUCAAGGAGAACAUCAAAGAUGACGUCGACUUCGUGAUCUGGACCGGCGACUCAGCCCGACAUGACAACGACGAAAAGAUCCCCCGCGACCAAGACGAGAUCCUCGAUUUGAACCGCUACAUGUCGCAGAAAUGGAUCGAUCUAUUCGGAAUCCGGAACUCACCCGAUCGCUCCGCGCCGCGUCUCUCCGUCCCCGUCGUGCCCACAUUCGGCAACAACGAUAUCCUCCCACAUAACAUUUUCCGCAGCGGCCCAAACGCCUGGACAAAGCGAUUCGAACAGAUCUGGGCUGAUUUCAUCCCCGAGGAUCAGCGGCAUAGCUUUGUUCAGGGCGGUUGGUUUACCAGUGAGGUUAUCCCUGGCAAAUUGGCGGUCAUUAGCUUAAACACGAUGUACUUUUUCGAUUCGAACAGUGCUGUCGAUGGGUGCAAGGAUCAAUCUGAGCCCGGGUAUGAACACAUGGAGUGGUUGCGGGUGCAGUUGCAGAUUCUCCGUGAGCGUGGCAUGAAGGCUAUCCUGAUGGGUCACGUUGCUCCCGCGCGCUCGGAUGAGAAGACCAACUGGGACGAGACCUGCUGGCAGAAAUAUACGGUGUGGAUGGAUCGGUACCGGGAUGUGGUUGUGACCAGUCUGUACGGACAUAUGAAUGUUGACCACUUCGUGCUGCAAGAUAGUCAUGCCGCCAACGUGGAUGAGCUGUCGGAGAAGCAGAGCGAUGGGACUGUCUCCGCCAUGUCCAAGUCGGACUACCUGGUUUCUCUCCGGGGCCAGUGGUCCGAUCUGCCAUCUGUGCCCUCGGGCUUGGAGAGCGUUAAAAAGAUGGAAGACUAUCUCGAGGCGAACAAAAAGAAGGGGAAGAAGAGCAAAGAAGAUAAGAAGGAGAAGAAGAUUCGCAAAUACUUGAAGAAGAUUGGUGGUCCGUGGGCUGAGCGAUACAGCGUGUCAUUGGUCUCGCCCAGUCUUGUGCCGAAUUACUUCCCGACGCUACGCAUGGUAGAGUACAACCUGACGGGGUUGGAGAACGUUGGCCUGGCGGUCGAGUCCCCCUCUACCCCGCAGCAGCCAUUCGAUCUAUACCAGUUUGGCUCUCAGUUAGACGACGAUUCAUCGCUAGAGACAGAAAAGAAGAAAAAGAAUAAGAAGAAGGGCAAGGGCAAGGGCAAGAAGAAGCCCGGCUUCAAAGCGCCCGAGCCACCAUCUUCCACGGCCCCGCCAGGCCCUGCCUACUCCAACCAGGCGUUGACGCUGCUGAGUUACACGCAAUACUAUGCCAACCUCACACGACUUAAUGAGGAAGCGAGUCAAGCGAAGGGAACUCCGCGCAUGGAGUUCGAGGUGGAAUAUACCACGAACGAUGAUGUGUAUGAGAUGAGCGAUCUCACGGUUCGCAGUUAUCUCGAGCUUGCCACGCGAAUUGGAGAGGCUGGGGAGGUCUCGGCCCAGAAGAAGGGCAAGGUCAACGCAGCCUGGCGAGCGUUCUUAGAAAGGGCGUUUACAGGGUAUGUGGAUGUGGACGAGCUGGACUAG